CCCGCAAGGCUACCUGGUCGAAACUCCAGCGCCGCCCCUGAUCAGCGUUUGCCGAGUUGCAAGAAGAGCGUCAUCCCACCCCACAACACCUCGACAUCGUUAUCAAGAUCGCACUUUAAACGCCUUACUCUGGUUUCUAGUAUUGCUGGAAUGCAAUUUAUGUGAGGGCACCCUGUACAUCCUAUCGAGCAUUUACAGCACAAGGUUGGAAGAUUAGAAGUCGGAAGGUUCAACACGUCUACACGUCCUAUCUUCCCACCUGCCUUUUGUUGAAGGGGAAGCGUCUGCAUCUGCCUUUCGUCUUUGUCACUCCUGCCGUAUUUCCAGUGCAGUACACAAACUUUUGCGUUAUCCAUUGACCAGCACUUAUGAGUCCUCACCUCGGUCAACGCCAGGUUGUGGUCCUUAUUCGUGGGUACCCUGGUGUUGGCAAGACAACAUUGGCCCUCGGUGUGGCCAAGGAACUAGGAUAUUGCUUGGUAUGCAAAGACGAUGUGCGCGAACCCGCCAUGCGUCACGACGCUCGAGUGCUGGCUGACAUCCGCAAGGUAUGUCCGGAACAUGCGGCUUCGAUCCAUGUUGAUUCGAAUGACAUGACGUAUGAGGCAAUGUUUGCCGUCGGUCUGACGCAACUUAACGUGGGAGCGAAAGGGGUAGUUCUAGAAAGCCCGCUCGGACGCGUCGCACUCGGGGAGCGCGCAGUACAGAUCACGAGGAAGGCUCAAGCUCUCUGCGUGCUCGUUGAUUGCUAUGCGGAAAAGUCGGUAUGGGAGGAGCGGCUUGCGAAACGAACGUCGCGGGAUUUCAGGCCUCGUAACGCCGAUCAGAUUGUUCGAAACUAUGAGAACAUUGAAUACAAGAUCGACUGCGACGCGCACGUGAUGAUAGACUGUGGCAAUCCUUUAGAAGAUAAUGUGAAGUGUGUGAUCAAAAUCAUCAACCAGCUCCUUGCCGAUGAAACGUCGAGCUCGUGACUCUUGACAGGACAGCGGUGUAACCACUGGAGGAUUAGGUGGAAAAAGCCUAUUUAAUGACCCAGUACGUGCUUAGUUUUAGCAGACUGCAGGCGAGGAAGCGUACAAAAGAACUGGACAAACUUGUGAUCUAACCCUGUUCGCGUCGGCGCUGUACUUGACAAGGCUCAGUCCUGCUCUCCUCGUCCGACCUUUUCUCCGGCCUUGCGACUCUCGGCUUGGAUGUAAAGAAUGACGAGGAACGCGCAAGGGAUCAAAGUACCCAAAAACACGGCAAGGUAGGCCGGGAAGGUCACAGCCAUACCCUCGGCGAUCGGCAUGGACGGGAGAGUAGCAAGCGCUGUGUCAAGGCUCAUCCGGGCGGGAGCUGCGCGGCGGGCCACGGGUCGGGUUGCCUUGACGCAUUUGGAGGCCUAAAUGAUGGUUAAAGCAAACAGUAGUAGGAACGAGCUAAUGGUUAGGUUUCCCUAAAAAGCAAAUAGCGUAAAGACUGAAUCUCAGUGCAGUGUUGAAGCAUUG